AUGGAAGUCGAUGAUGGAACAAGUGGGUCAAAUUCGAGUUCAACAACCAUAACCAUAAGCGUGAAGUUCAGUGGAUCAACUAUCCCCAUUUCAAUCUCACCUCAAUCAACCAUCAAAGACCUCAAGUCCCUUCUUCUACCUGCCACCAAUGUCCUUCCAAGAGGCCAGAAACUCAUCUUCAAAGGUAAGGUUUUAGAAGACCCAGUUACAUUGGCAGCUUCAAAUUUGAGUAAUGGGUCCAAACUCAUGCUUGUGGCUUCUCAGGGUUUAUAUCAAGGGGAUGGUCCUGUCUUGAAGAAAGCUCAGGUUGUUCCUAGAUCAAGGAAAGAUAACCACUCAAGUUCUAGUAAUGACGCAAAGAAAAUUCUGGUAAAGAACAGGUCCGAACGGUGGAAAGUAACAGGAGUUGUAGCACUGUCAGAAUGCAACUUGGAGGCCAUACCUGAUGAGGUUUGGGUUUGUGGAUCUUCUGCUAGAGUUCUAGAUUGCAACAACAAUAUACUUAGAAAUGUCCCUGUUGAAAUUUCACAACUUACUCGACUAGAAAAACUAUUACUUAAUGCCAAUAACUUAUUAGAUGAAUCAAUUAACUGGGAAGGACUAAGGAAUCUGAAGUAUUUAACAGUACUAUCAUUGAAUCAGAACCACUUAACUACUUUGCCAUCUGUGUUGGGAUCAAUAAACUCUUUGAGGGAGCUACAUGUCUCCAACAAUGAAUUGGCUGGUCUUCCUGAUGAAAUAGGGCAUCUGGCACAGUUAGAAGUCUUGAAAGCCAACAAUAAUAGGAUGAGUAAAAUCAGUGAAUUUAUAGGAAACUGUCGUUCUCUUGUUGAGGUUGAUUUCUCAUCAAAUUUUCUGUCGGAAUUGCCAGAGAAAUUCUGUAGUUUUAACAACUUGAAGGCUUUGCAUCUUAGUAACAAUGGGAUGAAAUCCCUACCAUCAAAGCUAUUCAAGACAUGCUUGCAGCUCUCCACAUUGGAUCUCCACAAUACGGAAAUAACUAUCGAUCUACUUCGUCAGUUUGAAGGAUGGGACAAUUUUGAUGAGCGUCGUCGCUCAAAGCAUCAGAAACAAAUAGAAUUCCGAGUUGGAGUUUCUAGAGAUUUUGAUGAAGGUGCUGAUAAAAAUUAA